AUGGCAGAAUCCUCCAGCAAUCAACUCCUGCAGAUUCUUGAUGUGUUUGAGCAACUCAAGUUGACCUCGCAGCAAAUAAAGUACAUCGUUCUUCUGCUAGGAGUUCCGCUGAACAAGCUGGACGAUAUUGAUGGAAGCCGCAAAGACGAAAAAUACGCAAAGGCCUUGUUGGACAUCGAAGAUCCGCCUAAUUGGGGAAAGAUGGUGGCUGCGCUUCGGAUUCUUGGACUGAACACCAAGGCCGACUGUCUCAAACAAAUGGCAGGCAUUACAAUCGCGGAGAACCCGCCGAUGUCACCGCUAACGCAUACGUUUUUUCUACUGACGGAGCUGACACAGGCAGAAACGAGGUCACUGUUUUUGUGGCUCGGUGUACCUAUUCAUUGCCUUGAUGAUAUUGACGACGAAUAUCGCGGCAAUAACCGAAACAUACACUAUAUUCAAGCCUGGCUCGACAAAGAAACGCAACCAAGUCUUCCUCAUAUAAUCGCCGGACUACAAAAGAUAGGGAAAGUUGCAUUGGCCGAUAAAAUUAGCAAGUUUGUCGCGAAGGAACAAGCUGUUGCCGAGAAGAAAAUGGAGAGAUAA